GGCGAUGCUGUGGCCUCAGCUGGCGGCGGCCGAGUGGGCGGCGCUGGCCUGGGAGCUGCUGGGCGCCUCGGUGCUGCUGAUCGCGGUGCGUUGGCUGGUGCGGCGGCUGGAGAAGCGGCCGCGGGGCCUGGGCCGGAGUGGGGUCCGCGACCCCCUGCUCUGCGCGGCCGCGGGCCCGGCCCCCGACCCAGGGGAAAUGACAAUGGAUGCCAUCUUGGCUCGACUGAAACUCCUGAAUCCAGAUGACCUUAGAGAAGAAAUUGUCAAAGCUGGAUUAAAAUGUGGACCCAUUACAUCAACUACAAGGUUCAUUUUUGAGAAAAAAUUGGCUCAGGCUUUGUUAGAGCAUGGAAGAACACUGCCUUCACACCCUACCAACCACGAUGCCCCAGGUGCCACAUCUCUCAGCCAGGACACACAAGAGAUUUUGAAGUCUGCUGUAGGGAGCCAGGCUGAGCAGGUCAGCUUUUCUGAAGACCGAGAUUUUGGUUAUAGCGUGGGCUUGAACCCUCCGGAGGAAGAUGCGGUGACAGCUAAGACCUGCUCGGUGCCCUUCAGUGCUGCGGCUGGGGUCGGUGGCCACAAAGCCGUGGUGAGGGCCUCUAUGGAGCCACCUCUGUAUUAUGGGGUAUGCCCGGCAUACGAGGAUGCCCCAGCGAGAAAUGAAAGGAUUCAUGUUUAUGAAGAUAAAAAGGAAGCAUUGCAAGCUGUCAAAAUGAUCAAAGGAUCCCGAUUUAAAGCUUUUUCAAGCAGAGAAGAUGCAGAGAAAUUUGCUAGAGGAAUUUGUGAUUAUUUCCCUUCUCCAAACAAAACCUCUUUACCACUUUCUCCUGUGAAAAUAGCACCACUCUUUAGCAAUGGUGGGUUAAAACAUGGUUUGUACUUAUCUGAGUCAGAAACAGUAAACAAAGAGCGAGCAAACAGUUAUAAAAAUCCCCGUACACAAGAUCUCACUGCCAAACUUCGAAAAGCUGUGGAGAGGGGAGAAGAAGACACCUUUUCUGAUCUUAUCUGGAGUAAUCCCCGAUAUCUAAUUGGUUCAGGGGACAACCCAACCAUCGUACAGGAAGGAUGUAGGUACAAUGUCAUGCACGUUGCUGCCAAAGAGAAUCAGGCUUCCAUCUGCCAGCUGACUCUAGAGACCUUGGAAAACCCUGAAUUCAUGCGGCUUAUGUACCCGGAUGACAACCCGAGCAUGCUGGAGAAACGCAUUUGUUACAUCGUUGACCUGUACCUGAACACUCCUGACAAAAUGGUCUAUGACACACCGUUGCAUUUUGCUUGCAAGUUUGGGAAUGCAGAUGUGGUCAGCGUACUUUCUUCACACCCUUUGAUUGUAAAAAACCCAAGGAAUAAAUAUAAUAAAACACCUGAAGAUGUUAUUUGUGAAAGAAGCAAAAAUAACUCUGCGGAACUGAAGGACCGGAUUAGAGAAUAUUUAAAGGGUCAGUACUACGUACCACUCCUGAGAGCAGAGGACACGUCUUCUCCAGUGAUCGGGGAGCUGUGGUCUUCAGACCAGACGGCCGAGGCACCUUACGUCGGCCAUGGUGGAGGCAGCCCCAGAGACCCCAUUUUGACCCUGCGAGCCUUCGCAGGGCCCCUGAGUCCGUCCAAGGCAGAAGAUUUUCGCAGACUCUGGAAAACCCCGCCUCGAGAGAAAGCAGGCUUCUUUCACAAUGUCAGAAAAUCGGACCCAGAGAGAGGCAUUGAGAGAGUGGGAAGGGAGCUGGCUCAUGAGCUGGGGUAUCCCUGGGUCGAGUACUGGGACUUUCUGGGCUGCUUUGUUGAUCUGUCUUCCCAGGAGGGCCUGCAAAAACUAGAAGAAUAUCUCACUCAGCAGGAAGUGGGCAAAAAGGCCCAACAAGACACGGGAGAAAACGAAGCCUGCUGUCAGGAGAACGCCUCUGCCUUUGCCCAUCGUAGGAAGUGCAGCAAUUCCAUUUCUGUGAGGGCGUUUCUAGAUGAAGAUGAUGACAUGAGCUUGGAAGAGAUUAAAAAUCGGCAAAACACAGCUCGAAACAACACCCAGCCUACAGUCGAUGUUUUUGGAGACUCACGGUGUGAAAUCCUUCCCUUGGAGCAGAAGACAAAUCUUAUAGAAGCCUCAUCCUCGACCAGUUCCCACAGCAGCAGAAAUGGGUUUUGUAGUCCCCUGAGUGGCAGCAAGACCCUGAGUGGGAAGAGGCCCAAGGCCCCGAGCCAGGAGGAAGCCCUCGUGGCACCUGUCUCCAGCUUGACUGUUGAGUUUGAUAAACUGAAUUUGCAGAAUCUAGGAAGUAGCUUUUCUAAGACAACAAAUAAAAAUCUGAAAACCAGAGAUAAGAAGACCCUGACAUCAGGAGUGGACGGAGUAGAAAGUGACUCGUUAGAACCUCCUCCUGACAAACUUGGAAAUAGCCAACUAAGGACAGAAAGUGAAAUGUCAGCCGGAAUUGCUAAGAUGUGCCUGGGUCCCAACAGUCCCCGGCACGAGGCCCAGCAUAGCUGCACUUCUGUGUUCUUGGCGCCCUCAAGGGUCCCCGCCAUGAAGGAGCCCGGCCAGAGGCUCUUCCUUUUUGGAGAGGAGCCAUCAAAACUGGAUCAGGAUGUUUUGGCAGCUCUGGAGUGUGCAGACGUGGACCCUCUCCAGUACCCAGCUGUGCACAAAUGGAAGAGUGCUGUCCUGUGCUUCCCGCCCUCCGACAGACAGAGUUGGCCAAGCCCGGCACUGAAGGGGAAGUCGAAGUCUCAGCCACCAGAGCUCGGUUGCCCUCACAGCUGCAGCCCCGGGAAGCCCGGCCCCGGCCCGCACUCCCCUGGCCUGGGCAGCCCUGGGCGCUACAGCCCCGCAGAUGGGGGCCGCCUUCGCAGGAUGGCUCGCCUGGCCCAGCUUGCCACCUUGUAGGGCCAGUGCACAGUGCUGGGGCUUGUAUUUCAGUCUUCAUUUUUAAAGAAAGAAGGGUAAUAUGUUAAUUGCGAAAAUUUCACAG